CUUACAGUAAUUUGGUAAACAGUAGUAGAUCAGGGACUGCAUCAUCUGAUGGUUUUGGCCAAAUGGGUUACAUUGGAAGUAAUCAUAUGGGCAGAGGAGGACCACACUAUCCACCACAGGCACCAGGACUGGUUCUCACAGACCUAGUGGAGGCAAUGAGAAUAUCAGCAGCUGAAAGGGCCCAAAAGCCUACUUCAGCUAGUCAGUCCUCAACUGCCGAGGCUCUACCAACUUCAAGGAGCAACUGCAGCAAUGCAGCCACAACUGCUACCCGAGCAUGGAUGUCGAUAGGCGCAGCAAGUGGAGGCUUCAAGGCCCCACCAGCGGAGAAUUCUACUAGUAACACGAAAGGUCAGAUUUCUGCAGAGUCACUGUACAACCCGACUUGGCAACUCCCUCCACAAAUUCUCCAAGGGCAGUUUCCUAUCCCAGCAUCAGGGGUGCAGCAGCAGUUCCAGCAAGUUGAGAAGAACUUCCCAUACCAAACUUUCAUGAGACCACCAACUUUCCCUAGAGGAGGUGGAGGACAGGUGCAAGGCGGGAGACCAAUGAUGUUUUCUCCUCAUUUAAUAGCUACUGAUUUAUCUAGUUUGCAAAUGAUGUCCUCCCUAUGGCGAGGACAAAGUGGGCCACCGUCUCAGUCCCAAUAUGCUACUAAGCAAAAGCAGGAGACACACAAGCUGCCACUGGAUUUGAACAUUGGUUUUCAGUCUCCAGGAUCACCGGUGAAACAGUCAUCAGGUGUCAUGGUUGAUUCACAUCAACCUAACCUGCAUUACAGCUUUGAAAAAAUGGACAGCAUUUGAACCGAGCUAUUAAAACAAUCCACCUGGGUUGAGACUUCGGCUGCAUUUUGCAAGGUGGAUUCCUUUGUACCUUUUCUCAAGAAGAUCCAUCCCACGGUGUUCAUUAGCUAAAAGUUUGGCUCUCAGGAAGACAAUAUAAAAUCUUUCAAUCCAUGGUGAUGAUGCAGAAGGGUUAUGUGUACAAAAAGGUGGAGAGUUUUGUAGUUGCAACCGGAGGAAGUAAUGUUGAGAAAGCACUUAGUUGGGAGUGAAAGGUACUGGUUUCUUUCCCAUCUUUUCUCUGAAACAAAGUACAUAGGUUUAG